UGGGUUUUGUGAACAGAGUACUUCGCGAUUUGAUUUCCAUCGUUUCCAUGGCCGCCGCCGCCACGGCAGCUUCGUUGCUUCUCCGGCGAGCACCGUUGCUGCGGUUCCGGCCAGCAAGCGCGCUACCAUUGCGGUGCCUCGCCGCCGGUUUCUCCACUGCUGAUUCUUCUCCGUCGCAGGGCGCCUCCACCUUCUCUUCCAAUAAGGAAGCCUUCCGCCCUAAAUUCGGCACUACUCCCCCGGCGACAACUCAGCCUCCUUCGGAGCAGUGUGUGGAUCAUCCGGAGUACCGGAAGUGGAAGGAUCGGGAGGUGGAGAUCCUUGAAGACAUUGAACCCAUUGUCUUCUUUGUCAAGGAGAUACUCCAUUCUAAUAGAUAUAGAGAUGGGGAAUGUCUGACUGAUGAAGAUGAGAAGGAAGUGACAGAAAAGCUUCUUGCUUAUCAUCCACAUUCAGAAGAUAAAAUUGGUUGUGGACUGGAUUCUAUAAUGGUUGAUAGGCACCCACAGUUUAGAAACUCAAGAUGUCUUUUUGUUGUACGUACUGAUGGUGGCUGGAUAGACUUUUCAUACCAGAAGUGCCUUCGAGCAUACAUACGGGAAAAGUAUCCCACUUAUGCUGAGAGAUUCAUUCGUGAACAUUUCAAACGUAGCUGAUGGUUUUAUUUACUACUUUAGCUUGUUGUGUUGCUCAUGACUUCCAUCAAUCCGAUCCUUGGUUCUUGAGGUAGAUGGUUGACAGACUACAUAUGAUUCGUCUGGUGUACCACUUGCCCAAUCUUCUAAAUUCAGCAGGAAAAUAAUCCGGCAAACGUUGUAAUACAUAAGGGGAUGCUGAAAGAAUGAUGUUUGACCUCCUCAAUCUGUGAUAUUCUGUGCACUUAACAAAUUAAGGUCGCGCAGCGUUACUGAUUGGAAGGUAUCAUAUCCAACAUAAUGCAAGUCAGGCGUAUGAUGAGUUUGAGUUUUAAGAUUUUACUAGCUGUUGUUUGUAUUUGGUACUAUUAAUAGUUGUUUUUAGUUUUAUAUUGUAGAACUGUCGCAUUGCAGAGAUGGUGCUUAAAUGGUCUCCGUAUUUUGCCUUUAACUGAGAAAAUCAUUGUUCUUCCUU